GUGUUGCGUACUUCAAAUAACGGGAAUGGGUGUUUGACAGGAAGAGUUGAUUAAAAUUGUUAAAUAUUUAUGAAUUCAUAUAUUUUUGGAUCUAUUUCUUUUGUGACCAGUAUAAAGUUUUAAACUGCUCUCGCUAAAAGUUUGGUUCGUUACAUUUUCAGACUUACGAGAAAAAUGUCGCAGCAGAGACGUGACUUUUAGGUUAAGACAAUAUACGGGCUUAAUCCUUUUUUCAUGUGUGAUGCCUUCGUUGUGAAUAUAACAGUCUGUGCCAUGCCAUGGAGGGCCGAUCGCUCGAUCCAUACGAACAGCAAUUACUUGCAGUGUUUGAAAGCUGUGAUGAACAAAACACAGGGAGCCUUGACAGAAAAAGCCUUGAACAACUCUGCUCCAAGUUGCAGCUUGAGGAACAAGGUCUGGAACUGAUGGAUUACCUUUUGGGAAAUGAUAAGUCCUCCAGGAGAGUGACUUUCACUGAGUUUAAAGACGGUCUCUUAACAAUGUUAAGAGAAGGACAAAAGAAAUGGGACUCUGGGGGUAGAGGAUCCCCCGAUCGAGAAGUGUCCCCAAAAUUUGUUUUUGGACAGAAAAAAUAUGGACGUCGCUCUAAACCAGAAAUAAAAGACAAGGAUCCUCGUAAUAAGGAUGCUGCUGUUGAUUCUGACACUGAAAUUCUUAUAAGUAUGGAUGGGGAUGUCAAAGAUAUCAUAAUGAGAUCCUCACCCGAUACGCCAGCCGCUGAUGAGAGCCAGUUUCCAAGAAAACGAAAGACCAGCAUUGAUGAUGGCAAGAGCUUUAAAAGAUCAAUUUCUCUUCCAGACAACAAAACUCCUGGUGUAAGUGAUGAUAGUGCUCCACCAAGCUUGGAUAGUUCUGAAGAAGAGGUCUUAAGGACAACAUGUGAUUCUCUCGGUGUAGGUCGUAAUGGUUACCUCAACAGGCAAGAGCUGGCACUUGUUUGUCAACGGAUUGGACUGGAUUCUGUUGCCGAUGAGGUUGUCCAACAGGUAUUUGAGAAGCUUUCUGUGGACAACGAAGGUCGCAUAAGUCUGCAAGAAUUUCUACAACUGUUUCGGAAUGCUGGAAGUUGGGCAACAACUGUGGGUGUGAGUGUGUCACCGUCGCUUGUGGAGAAGGAUGCAACGUGUGGCCAUUCUGGAUCGAGAACUUCAGGAGCAGUUGUUGGAGAUCCUGAUGAGACAGGCGAUGUGAAUAAGGAACUACACUUCCUAGCUUUGGAUACAAACAACUCGGGGCUGGUUCCCGUGGAAGCAGUACUAGAGUUGUGGGAGACAGCAGGCAUGUCUCCUGCAACAGCAGCUCGUCUUGCUAGAGAUUUGGGGCUUCCAGAAGUGGGCACAGGUGGUCAAGUGCGUCUUUCAGAUCUGGCCACUACAUUGGAGUCAGAGCUCCCAGCAGCCCAGGCUGAUGCUGCGGCACAUGGAUAUAGUGCUCUGGAGCUUUUACUUCAUGCAGCCCUCGCUCUCUACCAGGCAGAAGUUCGAUGUCUCAGAUUGUCUUUGGAACACCUCCGUGGCGAAAGAGACAAACUUCGAGCUGAUAUAUUAGAUGCCAAUGAACGAGCCUCCUUGCUGGCCCAGGAGGUUGAUGAUAGCCAUGCUCGGCUUGAACAGUCCAGUCAAAUGCAGGUCAAAUUAUUGGAGCAGCGUCAUGCAGAACAACUCCGUGAAGUUGCAGAACAGUUAGGACAGGAACGGGAGCAGCUCGCUGCUCAGGUACACAACCUGGAACAAAGGUUGGCAGCAUUGCAUGAGGAAGAUAGUCGACUGAGACAAGAAUUGGCAGCCUUGAAAGUGGAAAAUGAAGCAGUGGAUAAAGAAAACCAAAGUCUUUUGGAACAGUUAGAGGAAACCAGAAAAGCCAAAGCUAGCCUUCAGAACGAGUUGGAAUCACUAGCGUCACUUCAGCAAAAGAUUAGUGAGCUGGAAGGAAGUCGAGACAUGGUUGAGCCUCUUCUUGAACAAGUUGGGCAGCUUCAGACAGAAAAUACUGAGCUGAGAGAUCGCAAUGAUGAAUUAAAGAUGAAGAUAGAAGCACUCACUGUACAGUUAUCAAGGCUUGCUAGGUCACCACCACCACCACCACCACAGCACCAGGCUGGCACAGAGAACAACAGUGAAACUGUUACUGAUGAGGUGGGGUCGGCAGCAGUGGGUGGAGGAGUUAAAAGAAGGGGAGAAAGUGCUCUGAUCAUACCUCAGGAAGAAAACCCUGAGGAUGAUAGUCCUCGCCUUGGAAAAGUACGGCGCUGUACGCCCGUUGUAAGCAACCGUACUGAUGUUGUGGAUGAUGUCAUGAACAUGCAGGGCCUUCAGAUACAUCCUUCUGCUAAGAGUCAGUGCAUUGUGGAUGCUGACAUUGAUGUGGAUGAACCAGAGUCUUUGGAUUCAAAUCCAGCUCUGUAUAGGGAUGAUGAAACUACUGGAAAUAAUGUAAGAACUUUUCCUCGUCCAACUGAAAUAAUAACCAAGGACAGCUCUGAAGUUGAACGCUUACAAAUGCGUAUUGCCGAGUUGGAGCAAAGGCUGUCACAACAGAACAGCAAGCUUAUGGAAUGGGAAGCUGAAAGAGAUUGCCUGCAAGAAAAAGUGAACAGAUGUUGUGAUCUGAGUUCGAAGACUCUGGGAAGUUCAGAUCUUGUUAGGGGUCAUUUGAAAAAAGUAUUCGAAACACUACGAAAACAAGCUGCAGAAGAACUGAUGGAGGAUGAGGAGUUCUUGUCUAGUCUUCAAAAACAGAAUUGUGAACCUUCCGUCCAAAGAAAUUGCAAAGAAGACAAAACUGAUAAUAUUUUUAAAGUUACCAAAUCAGCAGUCAGUAAUGUGCAGUGUGAUACUGUACCAUCAGAAGACUCUGCAGAAAGCACAAGUGGGAAGAAAGAUGUAGAGCAACUGGAAAGGCACUGCAGGGACUUGGAAUCCCAGCUGGACCAAGUAAAAAUUGAAAUUGUGAAGAUCCUGUCUGAGAAAAAGGCCUGUUCUCAGGAAAACACAACAUUGAAAAGCCAUCUGUCUGAUCUACAGGGUGGAUCAGCAGAAGGACAGAAUAAUGAAGCCCAGGAGCUGCGUGAGCGCUGUGCUGAGCUGGAGGUGAGUCUGGAACUGCUGAGGCAGGAAUACGAACGUUGCGAGGACUACUGGGCUGCAAAGCUGGAUGAAGAACGCCGCCUGUCCGAGGCAGAGCAACGAGCAAGUGAUGAGAAGUUCUCAGAACUCCUUGCUAAAGUGCGGGAGUACGAGGAGCUCUGUAGCAGCACUAGCUGUGACGACGGCGAUGGUUACGCUGCUGGCAGCAGUCUUGGCAGCAGAUCUGGUCGCCUACCAACUAUUGAUGAAAGAGCAAGCCUUGAGAAGCAGGUGACUGAUUUAGAGGAGGAAUGUGAAGAAAUGCGACAGCGGUAUGAGCAAGAGGUGGCAGAAAAAGACCAGCAACUAACUCAGUUACAGGAACGAGUUAGGAUCUUGGAAGCAAAAAGAAGUAGAGGAAGAAGACUAGAUGUUGCUGUGCAAGUAGCUGAUCUUGAGAAUUGCAGUUGGGAAAGUGAUAGGACAUUUGUUGUUGAGCUUGAUGGUGGAAGAAGAGCAAGUCAAAGACUGCAGAUCCCAACUAUAAAUGGUUGUGCAACACCAGAAACCGGUUCAUCUUCUGCAGAAUCAACCACUCGUCAUACACAGAAAUUAAAAGGUGCAGUUGAGUGUGAUCAUCAGUAUUCCCAACAGCACAGAGAUACUUCAUCCAGUGAGCAGGUACAUCAGACAGGAGGUAAGAGGAGCAAUUGGAGGUCUCAGCCGGAUGCAUGUAUGCUUCAAGCAUUGAGUGAACGUCUGCGUCAGCAAGAGCAUUACUGCCAUGAGUUGCAACAGAAAAUACGGCAGUAUCAGCAACAUGCAGAUCUUAUGCUUCAGCAAACAUGGCAGCAGCAUAAGGAAGAGAUAGCAGAGCUACAGUCACUUCUUCACUCUACGCAGGAACGGUUGUUGCAGCAGACUUCAGUUUGCAAGGAUCAGACUGGGCGGCUGGCAUCGGCUGACCUUCUUGUCAAGGAUUUAUAUGUAGAAAAUGCAUAUCUUCAUCAGAGCGUCCAGCGACUAGAACAACGGUGCCAUUCACUAGCACAGAUGACUACUGACUCAAGCUCUGUGUAGUUACUUGUUUUUCUGUUGUGAAUUGGUACUGCCUUCUCACAUUCAGUUUUUCACAUGCUCCCUGUCUUGCACAGUGUAGAUCCAAGAGCUGUUUGAAUGCACUGUACAGUAUUAGUGAAGAAGGAAAGACUUCUUGUGCAUUAGAGGACAAAUAAGAACUGCGCAUUUUGAUUCAAGUAACUAAAAAACUGAUUCAGCACAUUGUAUGAAUUAUCAAUAGACAGUUUUUCUUCUUGCAAGAACAUUUGAUUAGUGUGUUCUAGCUGCCAAACAAUGCAAACAUUGAAAAUUUUCAAUACACAGUAUUCUGUUUUUCCACAUAAUUGUAUUGUCACUUAUGUAUGAUGCAGUGUAUUUUAGAUAAGUAAUUCACUAUCUUAGUAGCUAAUGAACUGCUUGUGUACUUGAGGAAAUUUGAAUCAUAAGAUUGCUUAUAGACCUAUGUUAGCUACUAAGCUCCUCACACACUGCUAUGCAAUUCAUAAAUAAUGUUGCAAUACUUGCCAUACUUUGGUUACUGUUGUAUUUUAAAAUGUAAUUUGUGUAAUUCAUUGUGUCCAAACUAUCAGUAUGACUUCCAUGUCAUGGAUUUUAUGUACACUUCAAAACUAUUUGUUCCCACAAGAGUGAAUAAUUGUAAAUCUGUUUAAAACUUCAGUGGAAAGACUAUUUUCUGCAUAUUGUUGUACUGUUUCCACUUAAAAUAUUCCCUAAGCAUAUCACAGUUUUUGUAGAAUAGUGUGGAAUUUGUGCAGAUUGUUCUCCAAAUAGGAGCUUAUUGGGGACUACCAUCCCUCAUAUCCCUUUGCAUAUUAUCCGUGUUUAGCAUUAUAAGCACAAUAUUUGCUCAUGAGUAAGUGUUUUAUUGCUCAUUAUAUAUGCAAAUAAGUGUGAUAAGCUUUAAUAGUAUGUUAGUGUUAAUUUUUGCAGACACAGUUUAUCACAUGAGUAAAUAUUCAGUUGGUAAUUAUAGGUAAUAAAAGUUGUUUUUCAUUUGCUAAUUACUCAUAGGCAUCAGUCUUCUUCUGACUAUGUAGAUUAUUUGAAUUUCAGGAGCAUUAUCAUAUAUUGAGUUCUCAACAGUAUGCAUGUCCGCCCCAGUAGCUGAGUGGUCAGCGCGACAGACUGUGGAUCCAAAGGGCUCGGGUUCAAUUCCCGGCUGGGUCGGAGAUUUUCUCCACUCAGGGACUAGGUGUUGUGUUGUCCUAAUCAUCAUUUCAUCCCCUUCGACGCGCAAGUCGCCGAAGUGGCGUCAGAUCGAAAGACUUGCACCAGGUGAACGGUCUACCCGACAGGAGGCCCUCGUCACAAGACAUUUCAUUUCAACAGUAUGCAUUGAGGAUUUAGAUGCAGUUUUUAUUUAUGGAUAACUUAGAAUGGAUGUAGAAAAGUUUCAGUACAAGGUUGUCUAUUAAAAUAAAAUUGUCAGUACCUUAAUGAUAUACAUAAUUAAUUUUAUAAAUGUAGAGAAGAUAGAGGGCUGUAGCAAUUAUGCCUUUACACAUUCGGUCAUUGUCAAGUUUUGACCAUAUGUAGCCCUUUUAAUACAGUGCAUGAUUCGUUGUCAGAUAAAAGUGAGAAAUUUGACUGCAACAGAUGAGUUUCAGAAAUAUCUGUGGCACAUAUGAAUUAAUAAUAACAACAAUGACAAAGAAUUCAGUACAUUUCACACAAAGAAAUGAAAUUUCAUAAUGUCAAUAUAAUGAUAUGCAUCCACAAUACGAAGGAAUUCUUCGAUGUAUGAGACAGUGGUCUUAUAUUUGGUAAGAUGAUUGUUAAAAUCUUUGCCCAGCCAUCAGCUUUUGGCUUCUUGCCAUUUCACUAAAUAGCCUUAGGUAAUUGCCAGGAUGACUCCAUGGAAAGGGAAUGGCAGGUUUCAUUUUGUACUCUCUCCAAAAUCUGAGCUUAUGUGCUCCAUCUUUUAUGUGACAGGAUGUUACAACCUAAUCUUCCUUCCUUCAGUCCCUCCUAAAGUAUGUGUACUACAACACAACUUUGAUGAUAGCUAGUAAUAUGAUAUUAUGAUAUUAUAGUGCACUGUCUCAUGAAGUGUUGCUCAGAAGCUAUCCUUCCAGUCAGCUAACAGGUUUAUAAAUGCCUCCAUCUUAUUAAUAUGCAGGUUCCAAGAGGCUAGUAGGUUGUUUUCAUCACCACUUAGCCAUCAGUCUUGUGCAGUUUAUCCUAACUUUUUUUGUGUUCUGUAAUUUUGCCCCAUCUCAGAUCUUUCAUAUUUUGAAGACUACAAUGUGUCUCCAUUUGUCUCUCUUACCUGUUACAAUUUUUCAUUCUUCAAUGGAUCAUUUUUUUGUAUUAUAUAUAUAAACUAUGGAGAAUACUAUUUAUUGAUACUACUAUUUCUGAUCUUCUAACAUUUACAUACAACAUUGUUCGUCUUGAUUUUCAGAAUGACUAACAUCGUCUUCAGUUAUGAAAUAUUUAGAUAGUUGUUAAGAACAUGUUUACAUUACUCAUUGAGGGCAAGGGGGAAAAAAACAAAAAUGAAAAGUAGAGAAUGAUCUUUGAACAUCUUAAUCCCCAGUCUUGAUGCCAGUAGGAAUAAAAAUAAUUGAAUAAUUAUAAUUCAUUAAUUAAUCCCCAGUCUUGAUGCCAGUAGGAAUAAAAGUAAUUGAAUAAUUAUAAUUCAUUAACUAACUAAUUUUAAGAAUUAGAGUACCAUAAAAGUUAACUGAUUGCUCCUGUAAUAUAAUUGUUAGCAACCUUUCUUACUGAUCUUCAAAGCUUCUAAAAGUUCACACAUGAUGCAAAACAUACGGACAUUAUUUCAACAUCAUUUACCACAGAUCAUAACAGUUCAUAAUACCUUCUUCGUCUUCAUUUUAAAAAGCAAUCUACAUUUGGAACAAAAACUUCUCUAUAAUCAGAAGAAAGAUAUUCUUUCAGAAAGUGGUAGCUUCACCAUAAUGUUACUGGCCGCUUCUCCACUUUCAAAUUUUGUUGUACAUUGUCCCAAUGCUAAAGUUUCUGAAGUAUUCUUCUGUCACACAUUGAUUGCUUUAUCAUCUUUUUAUUUUGCAUUCAAUGUUAAUUUCUGUUGUGUGGUUGUCUGGUGCAGUUUUAAUUGUAUUUAUUCUCUUCAUAUCUCUUUGUUCAAUCCCAUUGGGUGCAAUAAUGUAUUAUGCUUGUAUGUAUAGUACAUUUUUGAUGUUCAAGUUUAAAUAGCAUAGGGAGUGUAAUUUUCAAUUUUUAUUGCUUCCAAACAGAAACUUGUUUCAGAGUAAUCUAUAUAUAAAUGACACUUGUGGUGACUGUUUAAUUAAUCUUAUUGGGAUAAAUAGGUCACUUGUCUGUGUAACAGUGAAUGCAGGCUACUUUACAUAGGAUUAGUGAAAUCAUAAAGUUUUCAUAUUUUCUUUGUUUGGGACUGCUUUGUGCUGGGGAGAAUUUUGGUUCUAAGCAGAAGAACCACACACCCACAACUCUGUUUCUUUUAUCUGAGUCUUUACACUAAGUACUAUUCGUAAACCAUUAUUUUAGAACAUUUGUCUUGUCUGAUAAUGACUGUAUUUUAGUGUUUAAAGAUUGAAGAUCAUCUGGCCCCUCUUGUCUUAUCACCAUACCACUUUCAUAAAUGUUUAUUUUCAAUAGAAUUAAGCAGACAAUCAGUAAUCACACCAAUGUCAUAACUUCCACAUAAUGUUUAGCAAAUUAUUUUUUCCAUUAAGGUAUAAGGUUAUAAAUACAUAUUGCAACUGAUAAAUAACCAUUGCAUGAAAGAGUUCUAUGUAUAACUCAACAAGUAGGGAGAUAUUUUGUGAUGUGAAAAGGUGAUAUAUCAUGAGUCACUGUAAUGACAUAUUUCUGUUUCCCUUUCCUGUUUGUCAUUUUACACCUCUUGUAGUGCAGGUAUAAUCUAACACAUUAGCAAUUACUUAUUAUUUGGAUGCUUUGACUUUGUUGUUGUAGAUUCUGAUUUUUAGGGAGCAAAUAUUUUUCAUAAUAGUCUAAAUAGAAGGAAUCAAAGCUCUCUCAAUAGUAUAUAGCCUGCACCAUAGUGUUAGAAGCAGUGUUCAAACUGAGGCAGUCAUUUUAGUGACUAGAUGCUGUUUUUUGCAAAGCUUCAUUGUAGUACUUUUAAGAAAUGGAAAAUAUGUACCAAAUGUUGUGACCUAAGAUUCUGUUGUAAUUUUCAGUUUUAAAUUAAUACUAUUGUUGUACAGCAUAUUUUUCUGUAGAUAAAGAAAAGACAUCAAGUAUUUAUUUGUACUGUUUAUGUGGGCUAAGAGCAUUUUGUGCUGUUGGUCUCUAUUCCUAUGCAUAUUGCUAUACCAAAAUAUAUAUAAUUUUCUAUCUUGUUUUUUGAUUCAUGUAAUAAUCCUUUUUAUACUGAAAGCUUAUUGCUGUCUUUUACAGAAAGGUACAAAUUACAUAUAAGAAUAUUAGUGUAGUUUACAUAUAUCUUUUAUUAUGCAAUAAGAUGUUUGAAUAUUAUUGUACAGUAAUUAAAAUCUUUAUAAAAUGUUGAUAGGUUAAUAUAUCCAUGAAUACACUAUCAUUUGUGUACAGAUAAUAUAGUGUAUUGAUAAAAGACAUAUUUUUUGAAGUAGUGAAUACUAGUCAGAUGUGUCACUGUCAAACUGGCAAACUUGAACGUCCAUUGUGUGCAAUUAUUUGCAUGUUUUUAUAAAAAUUUUCUAAAAUCAUUAUUCUCACCAAUGAAUGGGCUUGCACAUUGUUAAUGGCAACUCUUGAUUUUUUAGUUUCAAAUAACACACACAAUCUGUCAGAUUUGAUACGAAGUUAAGAUAUUGCUGUUAUUUUUCAAGACAGUAUUUGUGUCACUGUUAGUGUAUUAGUAUAGUGUGUUACACUUAAACUCUUGUUGAGAGCUGUGUUGUAUAUGCUGUGUUUUGGUGCUUGAAAUUUUGAAAUAUUAGUACAGAACUUAUGCAUAUUUUCAAAGAGCUUUUUAUGGAUGUCUGUUCAUUUAUCCUUUUUGCAGAUUUGUAAAAAUGAUGAAAAAGAAAUUUAUAUAAAUGGUUUCAAUGUUACCAUGACACAAGAUUUUUGUGCCUUGCUGUUUUUUACAGUGUUUGUGUACAGUUUAAGCAAAACUGCUGUUUAUGUCUCUUUGUGUUUUAAACAUAAAUAAAGAAACUUGGUUGUUAAC